UUGCUCUACGCACGAUUUUUCAAACCAACUCAUAAUAGCAGCAUACGUACUUAUUUUGAACGUAAUUUUUAAAUUGAACCAAACUAGAUAGCCACCUUGGGUGAUUGGGAUUAAUGUGAUCUGAAUGAGUGAAGUGAAAACAAAAUAGUUUGAGUUUGCUACGAACUAAAAAUAGAUUAAUAUUUCAUUGCACAUUGCAGCAAGGGACGUGCUUGUAUGGAUGUUGUGGAUUAAAUGGGUGAAACAUUGUAUUUUUGAGAUUGCUGAUCCACCAACACAGCCCAUCUCAAGUCCGCGCCCGUAGGUACACAACCCGUUAGAGAAUGCUAAGACUGAGAAAAGACCGUGAUAAACAUAUCGCUCGCCACCGCGCAUUAUUGUUCCAGUGCCCGCGUGAUUCAGUUCGAACGCGACCAAUAGCAUAACACUCCGCUGGCUGGUGGUUCUUAUUAUUUAUAGUGGUUUCAAAUUCGAAACUAUCUAAACAACGCGUAAAAUGAGUUUCGACUGAUGCGACUAAUGUUUCAGUGAAUUUUAUUUGGAUUUAACUUCUAUAUGAACGUAAGCUAGCGUUUGUAUUGAAGGAUUGGAAGUGAAAUUGUUCAGAUCAGUGAUGCGAGCUGUGUUGUGAGUUGUAUUUUGGGGUUUUAAUGUGUCCACUUCAAAUAUGCUUUGUCUGUUACACGCCGUCAUCAAAUAUUUAUAUCAAAUGUGAUAAUGCAUUUGAAGCAACAACCCUUCUAGAUUACCGAUCAUUGCGCGAGUUAUUACCCGUAGAGUGAAGACCGGAACGUGAUCCCUCAGCUGUUCCAGUCGUGAACAGAACGGUGAACAGCUGAUAAGCUCGACGGUUUUUUUUUCGGCGCUGCAGUGAGUGACACAUGUGAUAUAUUCGAUGAUGAUGGUCCAGAAGAUAUGCUGCUCUCGCUGCUCGGAGACAUCAACAUCAUUGUAGAUAGGUACGAGAGAUACAUGCUCAGUCAUUGGGAGCAAUUUGUGUGCUGCUGCUGCAGCUGGAGAUAGUGAUAAUCAGCCACGGGAAGUGCCUACGUGACUACGAGUGUACAAACUGUAUUGAGUGUGUGAAGUGAGAAGUGUCUCAACCUGAUCCGUCAUCCGGUGGAGAUCCAGGAUGGCGGCAGAACCGGCUCAACUGCGACCUCCGGAUGGCGGCUGGGGAUGGAUGGUCGUGUUUGCCUACGGGAUGGCCAAUAUCAUGAUCGUCCCAGUACUGCAAAGCUUCGGCCUCAUCUUUAAGGACACAUUCAAGCAGAUUAACAUCUCCGCAACGGACGCCUCGCUCAUCAUUAAUCUUGCCUCCGCGGUGGGAAUGACCUUUGGCCUGUUCAAUGGUCCACUGCUACGGAAUUUUGGCUUCCGCAAGGUAGCGACUCUGGGUGGAUGCAUGUUCUCCAUUGGCCUCAUGUUAACCUCCAACGCUGAAACGUUCCUUCACUUCAUCCUCACCUACAGUAUCAUGGCUUCUCUAGGCAUGGGAUUUUGUAACUCAUCGUUUUCCCUGGCUCUGAACACGUACUUCGUAACGCGAAGAAACAAGGCAGCUGGCAUAGCGAUGACCAUCACCGGGUUGGGCCCGAUCCUGUUGCCUCAGUUGGUAUCGUUUCUGGUAUCUCGGUACGGAUCGCGAAGUUGUUUGCUCAUCAUCGGAGCUCUGGCAACGCACAUCGUGGCGGCAGCACUACUUCUGCAACCAGUCAAACGACACAUGUUGCCGAUCGAGUUGACGGAUGGUCAAUCAAUGGUGCAAAAGGAAGCCGUCGAAGAAAAAUACUCAGCUGUUGAUGCUCCUCAACGAAUCGACAGCAAAUGGGAGUUGGAGUCCGACAAUGAAGACGACUAUCUCGAAAAGCACAGCUACUUUGCUGAGCACGAUAUGGAUGCUCAGAGCAUCUACGGCUUCGAACAGACGUCGCAGUUGCGCCGUCGUGAUUCAAUGGCCCCACCCAUGUUGCUGCCGCGCACCAAAAGUGAAGUUCUUCAUCCCAUGCAGCGGCGACCAUCGAUCGCGGAGAUGUUGCUGCUCAAGACGUACUCACAGAAUCUGGACCCACACAAGCAACCGGAGAAGAAGAGGUGGUUCCAAUCGGGGUCAACCGAAACGGUGAAUCUGGGGAGUUCAAUGAAAAUUUUCGAUGAAAAAGAACGGGAGCGAGAAAGGAGAAAUUCUCUGGACAAUGGCUUCCCUAGGCGGAAGUCAUCUGCAGCUAGGUUCUCUCCUCGAACCAAGCGAUGGUUCGAGAAAUCGGAAGACUCGGUACACUUGGGCAGUUCAAUGAAGCUGUUCGACGAUCGGCAUCCAGCAUCUCGCAGAAGUUCUCAUGCAAGUGUCCGAGAUUUCAGCGUCCCAAUGCAUGUCAUCUCCCAACCAAAGCUUCCGGUCUUGAGUGAAAAUCAAGACCUCACGGAUGAUAACCGUAUGCCGUCAAUUAUGCGACAACUAGAAAACCCCACAUCUCCAAAGUCGCAAGUUCAAAAAACCACCAAAUUCGAUUUCAGCAACGUGGACGCCAAAGAAAACCCUAGUCACUCGAACGAGGAUAAACGAAAAACCCUAUCGCAAAAAAUAGUCACUCUCUUUGAUCUCACCCUCCUCCGGGACAGAAUAUACGUCAACAUGAUGCUGGGAAUGUCGAUCGCCGUGUUUGCCGAAAUUAACUUCUCCCUGUUGACGCCGUUCAUCCUCAACGAUCUGGGUUACGAGACGGAACAGAUUGCAUCCAUUAUGUCGACCCUGGCGGUUGCGGAUUUGAUGUUCCGGUUCAUUUCACCGUUCAUUGGGGACUCGCUGAAGCUGACUCCGCGAAUCAUGUACAUGAUCGCCCUGAGCCUGCUGAUACUUACUAGGUUUAGUAUUCUAAUCGCACGAAACUACACCGAAAUGAUCGUGGUGGCGUUCUGCCUCGGUGUGGCCAAAGGAGUCCGCACGGUGUACAUGGGCUUGGUGAUACCGAGCUACAUCCCGCUGAAACGUCUCCCAGCGGCUUCCAGCAUCCAGAUGAUGACGAACGGUAUCAUCCUGAUGACGAUCGGGCCGCUGGUUGGGCUGAUCCGGGAUCUAUCGGGCAGUUACUCGAAAAGCAUUUUGUUCAUCAAUGCAUUCACCAUUGUGACGUUGAUCAUGUGGAUGGUCGAGAUGGUGUACGUGAAUCGAAAGGCGGCCCGGAAACAGAGGGAAGCCGCUGCCCAAGAAGUGAUAUCCUGAUGGCUGGCGGUUGCUGCAUGCACUUCGGGAGAUAUUAUUGCCAGUGAGUAUAAGCAUAUAUUUUUUGAUACAAUUUUC